AGACGUCAAAACGCAAGAGCUCCAGCCACCGUUAACAAAGGUAGCAGCGGUUUAGGUAUGAAAGUUUACUCAAAAGAUGCUAUUGGCUUAAAAGUUGGUCCAACUGCUGUCCUUUUCAUGAGUUUAAUUUUUAUCGCUUUUGUCAUCAUUUUACACAUCUGGGGCAAAUACACUCGUUAA